CGUGACCGGGUCCCAGUUUCGCACAGGGAUGGAGCCGGAAGAGGGGACGCCCUUGUGGCGGCUGCAGAAGCUACCUGCCGAGCUGGGCCCACAGCUUCUUCACAAAGUGCUGGAUGGCAUCUGUGGCCGAGCUUACCCUCUCCACCAGGAUUAUCAUGACGUUUGGGAUUCCACAGAAUGGAAGCAUGUUCUAGAAGAUGUCACACAAUUUUUCAAAGCUGUUGUGGGUAAAAACUUAUCUGAUGAAGAGGUAUUCCAGCAAUUGAAUCAGUUGAAUUCAUCUCAUCAACAAGCUAUCAUGAAAUGCUUGAAAAGCAGGAAAGAUGAAAUCAAGCAGACUCUGUUAGGAGAAAUAGUUGAUAUUUCGUCUGCACAGCUACAGGACUUUGACUGGCAGUUAAAGCUUGCACUUUCUAGUGACAAGAUUGCUACACUACAAAUGCCAUUAUUAAACCUACAUCUAGAUGUCAAAGAAAAUGGUGAAGUAAAACCAUACACUAUUGAAAUGAGUAAAGAAGAACUCCAGAAUCUGAUAACUUCCUUGGAAGCAGCUAAUAAGGUGGUCCUGCAGUUGAAGUAACUGGAAGUGUCGAAGACCCACGCUGAGCAGAGUACGCUGCUGCCCCUCUCACGGCAGAGAGGUUCCUGUGUGCUUGUUCAGCAGCCCUUGUGUUGUAUUGACCUGUCCACCAAGCUGAGCACACAGCAGUGUUGGCGAUUUCAAAGAGAAAGAACAAGAAAUUACGUGGUUGACAGGAAGAGCAUCACAUGAAAGAUGAAAAAGCCAUAGUAGCAGUUUAUAUUUUCAUGUUUGUUUUGCCUCAGUUAUUAAGUAUUUGAAAAUAAAAUCUUUGUAUAUAUAUAAUUUUAUUGAAAACAAAAAGUAGGCUCUAAAGUGAUGUAAGAGUACAAAGCACAAAUAUACUUGAAUAUUGCUUAAAGAAUUAUGUGAAUAGCAAGGACACGUGUUAUGAAUAUAUACUUAAUUUGUGAUAUUUAAAAACAACUUUCUUGAAGAAUGUAUAAGCCGCAAUUGUAACUCAGGACAUUCCAUAUCUUUCUUGUAUUUCAAAGGAAAGAUAAUCAAGUGUAAUGUUUCUUAAGAUAAAAAUUCUUUGUCAGAUAUGAUUAGGAGAAAGCAAAUUGGUGUGCAAGACUUUGAGUUUUGGAAUUAUUUAAGCUAAAAUCUAGAACAAAGAGAAUGGAACAGCAUCGUUACAUAUGCAUCAGUGUGUCAGGUUAGAUGUUUAUGAUCUAAUAAGAGGAAUAGAUGUCUGCAUAGUAUAUUCAAAUAUCAGACAAAAGUAAGCUCUGUUUUUGUUAUAGACUCUUAAUAUUGAAUUUAACUCUUUUGAAUAUUAACAAAUUCAUUGGAAAGCAAACUUUUUAACCUCAUUUAACUUUGAUGACAAACAUUCUGAAAAAAUAAAAAGUUUUAUUUUUA